ACAGAAUCUGUGGUUAAGGGCAUCAAUGAGAGAUUUGGAUCAAAAGUAAGGGACAUCAAUGAGAGGUUAAAAAGUGUAGCACAGGGUGGUGUUGCUCUAGGCUUGAACUCCAGCAUGGCUUCUGGGUCCUCAAGGCCCAGGGUAUUCAGUGAAAGGCCACCGACGAGUUCUUUGGUGAAUAGUUCUAAAGUGUUGGGCAGAGAGGAUGAUAUGUGGAAGAUUGUUGGAUGGUUGCUUUCAGACAAAACUUGCAGUAACAAUGAUAAUAAUUUCUCGGUGCUGCCCAUAGUCGGCAUGGGUGGAGUUGGUAAAACGACCCUUGCUCAACUUGUUUAUAACCAUGAGACAGUUGGAAAGCAUUUUGGUCUCAAAGCUUGGGUUUGUGUAUCAGAAGACUUUGAUGUGGUGAGGUUAACCAAAGAAAUUCUAGAGUCAGUCACUCGUUCAUCCCAAUUUUCUAAUUCAUUGGAUCAAUUACAGAUGAAACUUAAAGAAGAAUUGAGCAAGAAAAGAUUCUUAUUGGUUCUAGAUGACAUGUGGAGUGAGAACUACGAGAGAUGGGAUGUGUUAAGCACCGUUUUUGCAUUUGGUAAACCAGGAAGCAAGAUACUGGUUACAACACGGAGCAAAGGUGUUUCAUCAAUAGUGCGCACAGAUUCGAACGAUCAUGAUUAUGAUCUUAAAGGUCUAUCAAACGAUGAUAGUCUAGCAUUGGUUAGAAGGCAUGCUUUCUUGGAUCGGAAUUCCUCUGAUGCAGAUCGAAAGUUGAAAUUAUUUGGUGAAGAAAUUGUGAAGAAAUGUAAGGGCUUACCUUUGGCUGUAAAAACAUUUGCCGGCCUCUUGCGAGAUAAAAUGGAGGACAGUGAGUGGGAAGAUAUUUUGGGGAAUGAAAUAUGGGAUUUAAGGGAGAGUGAGAUCCUUCCAUCCCUCAUGUUGAGCUACCAUCAUCUUCCAUCACUUCUGAAGAGAUGUUUCGCAUAUUGUGCUUUGUUUCCCAAAGACUAUGUAUUUAACAAGAUUGAAUUAGUCACAUUAUGGAUGGCGGAAGGUCUAGUUCGAUCAAAAGGAAGGAAACGACUAGAAGAUAUAGGGGCUGGAUAUUUUGAUGAACUAUUUGUGAGGUCCUUCUUUGAAUUAUCUAACCGACAUCCUUCUAACCAAUCUUUCCUUUUUCAAAAUCCAAACUUUCCUGUUGCAUUUGAGGAGUUUUUUUUUAAGUUAUCUGAAGAACUUCACAUCAGAUCAUUUUUUGAGUCAUGCAAUAACACAGGAUCAGGAUUUGUGAUGCAUGAUCUCAUCCAUGAUUUAGCAGAAUAUGUUUUGGGUGGAAUAUACUGUAGGAGAGAAGGGUCUGAUAAGCCAUCCAAAGUUCUUGCAACAACCCGUCACUUGUCCUUCCUUGAGAUGAAUUCUAAUGUUGAGGCGACAGAAUUUGAGGGCAUAAAAAAUGUGCGAACCUUUCUAGAUCUUGAAUAUUUCCGUAAUGACAAUUUGAGUAUCAAGCAGCUUUUUCCCACCAUGGAAUUUCAAUUCCAAUUCUUACGUGUGCUACGUUUUAGAAAGUGUCGUGAUUAUGAAUUGCUUGAUUCAAUUGGCAAGUUGAAACAUCUAAGGCUUAUUGAUCUCUCAUUUUCUGAUAUUGAGAGGUUACCCGACUCCAUUACAAGUCUUUACAAUCUACAAACGUUGAUCCUAAUUGGAUGUGGGAGACUUACAAAGUUACCUAAAGAUAUGGGAAACCUCGUAAACCUUCGACAUCUUUUUCUUCCCUCAUUAGGGUAUGCUUCCUACGAAAUGCCAUUAAGAGUGGGUAACUUAACUAGUCUUCAAACAUUGACCACAUUCAUUAUGGGGCCAAACAAUAAUAGUGAAUUGAGUGAUUUGUCCCAACUCCGUGGGACUCUCGAAAUUUCAAAUUUGGAAAAUCUAGGAAAUAGUGGGACAGAAGCCAUGGUUGUCAAUUUAAAGAACAAGUCAUACCUGCUUUUGCUACGGCUGCGUUGGAGUGAGUAUGUUACCGAGGAUAGUGAUCAUGAAAGCCAGGAUAGUUUUCCUUAUUUGGGGAGAGAAGAAGACGUUGAGGAGGAGAAUAAUGAUGAUGGAAGUGAAGAUUGGUCUCAUGAUUUGUGUACAGAUGAAAAAGUAGAGGAGGAGAAUAGUGAUGAUGGAAGUGAGGAUUGGUCUCAUAACUUGUGGAUAGAUGAAAAAGUAGAGGAGGAUGUACUUGACCAACUACACCCUCAUACCAAUCUUAAAGGGCUAUGGGUUGAAAAUUAUGGUGGUACAAGAUUCCCAAGCUGGAUAGGGCAACCUUCCUUCUUUAAUUUAGAGAGUGUGAUUCUCAGUGGUUUUCACAACUGCAAGUUCCUACCUCAUCUUUGGAAAUUACCCUUGCUCAAACACCUAGUGAUUGUGGACGGCAAUGCUACAAAAAUAGUGGAAAGUGAGUUAAAUGAGGAUGGUUCAUCAUCAGCUAGAAAGCGAUUUCAAUCAUUGGAGACACUACUUAUAGAAAACAUGCCGGAGUUGGAGGAGUGGCUCGAAAUAGUUGAAGAAGAAGAAGGUGGACAAUUCCCUUGCCUUCGUGAGGCAUUAAUAUGCGGUUGUCCCAAGCUAAAAGGACUACCUCGCCUUCUUCCAUCAAUUGAGAGGUUGAAUUUGAGCAAUUGUGACCAAUUAACAAUAUUGCCGGAUUCUAACCACCCAUCACCACCACCAGCACCAGUACAUAACUUAUUCCUUUGCCUCCGUGAGCUAGAAAUCAAGUGUUGUCCUAAUAUGACAGAAUCAUUAAUGUGCAUCCUUCCUACUUUGGAGUCCCUCAAAUCAUUACAACUAUGUGACAUUCCAAACCUAAAGUCUCUGCCAGAAGGGCUGCACAGUCUCCCGUCCCUGGAAAGAUUAGAAAUCUCAAAUUGCCCUGCUUUAGAGUCUUUUCCAAACAUGGGGUUACCCAACGCAAUUCGAGAGAUGCGGAUUCGAGAAUGUGGGAAGCUGAAUUUGUUGCCUCUGGGACUACUGGACAGACUAAAAAAUCUCCAAAAACUGACGAUUUCAAAUUGCUAUUUUCUUAUGGAGUGUAAGAAUCUUGAACCCUUACAUACCUUAGGCCUUCAUAAUCUCACCUCUCUUUCAAGUCUCACCAUUGGUGGAUGUCCUGCUCUUGUGUCCAUUCCAAAGGGCCUAUUUCCCACCAAUCUUCAGGCUUUUAUCAUCAAGGAUUGCCCGAGUCUUGAAUCCCUACCUGAAGGACUCUCUGAGCUAACCCUUCUUCAUCAUUUGGAAAUCUAUAACUGUCCAAGGCUAAAACAACAGUGGAAAAAUAAGGAAGGAGAAGAAUGGUCAAAGGUCGGUCAUAUCCCUUAUAGAGUAGCAUUCGAUGCUUGCUUAGCGGAAUUAAGUGACUAUCCGUUUCGUUUGGUCCUGGCCUCAUCGAGUGGUCAGGAGAAUGAUGAAGAGAUGUGA